AUGGGAGCCAGUGCAAGUACUCCGUCGUCCUCUCCUCCAGAAUCCUCUGCUCCUGCAACAUGUCCGGUGGAUCAUAAAUCCCGCGAACUGUGGCUGCAACAACAUAGGGCCGAAGGCGAUGUUCCUCAUCCAAUGCCUCCGGACAAUGACAAACCCAAGGAAAAGUUACAUCGUCCGCUUUCCACCGAUCGUGAAGUGAGUUCGAUCCCCCGAGCCGUCGGGCCAGCUGCCGUGAAGGCAUUCCCCGAGGUCCCGAGUCCAGCUCUGUCGCCAUACGCCGCGUCCGCUGCGUCGCAUGGAACUCCGUCCAAUGCAGAAUCCGAAACGGGUCAUGAUCAAAAAACAGGGAACUGGAUCUACCCGUCAGAACGCCAGUUCUUCGAGGCUCUCAUGCGCAAGGGGAAUACCCCCGGAUCCACUAGCUCCGCCUCCGAGUUGGCGACUUCCGUGGCAUCCAUCAUUCCCAUCCACAAUGCUGUCAAUGAACGCGCGUGGCAGCAGAUUCUAGAAUGGGAGAAACAGGCCCCCCGCUCGGAUCCUGGCAGUAAAAAAUGUGGAGGCCCACGGCUGUAUUCUUUCCGUGGGUUGGGGACUGAGUCGCAGUUUGUGAGUCCGCGGGCCCGUAUGAAUAGUCUCAUGGGGUAUCAAUUGCCUUUUGACCGACACGAUUGGGUGGUGGAGCGUUGUGGCGGGGAGAGGAUCGAGUACGUGAUUGAUUUCUACCAAGGGAAGACGUCCGGUGGAAACAGGUCCUCGGGCGGACUGGCCGCCAACGCUGGACCAGGCAAGCUGAGCUUCUACCUGGACGUACGGCCGAAAUUGAAUAGCUGGGAAGGCUGUAGAAUGAGGUUUAGCCGAUUCGCGGGCCUGUAA